AUGGAAGGUGAAGUGGAAGUUCCAUUUGAGCAAUCCAAUGAUGAAGAUUAUAACAAUUCUGAAAAUCACACUGGUGAAGUGGAAGAUAAAAAUGAUGAUGAGGCGGCUGAUGGCUCAAAAUGCUGGGAGAGCGAGUCGCAAUAUUUGCUAGAUUCCCAGCAACUUGUUGAACAACCUAAAUCUCUUUUCUGCAAGUUAUGCAGCACAUCAUGGUUGGUUGAUAGUAACAGAAUUGCAACUAAGAUUAGGAGUGCAUCUGGUGCAUGUGAUCCCGAAAAUGUCAAUUGGAAAAGCAACCCCACAAAAGCUUGUCCAAAUUGCCAAUAUGUUAUCGACAAUAGCGAUGUUGUUAAGGAAUGGCCAGGCUUACCCAGAGGGGUGAAAUUUGAUCCAUCAGAUCAAGAGAUUAUAUUUCAUUUACUUGCAAAAGUUGGUGUUGGGAAUUCGAAACCGCACCCUUUUAUCAAUGAGUUCAUUCCAAUUGUCGAUGAAGAUGAUGGCAUUUGUUAUACCCAUCCUCAAAAUUUACCAGGUGUCAAGCAGGACGGAAGUGUUUCACACUUCUUUCACAGAGCAAUCAAAGCUUAUAAUACUGGAACUCGGAAGCGUCGAAAAGUUCAUGGUGAUAAUUUUGGUGAUGUUCGUUGGCACAAGACUGGACGGACUAAACCUGUACUCUUGGACGGUGUGCAAAAAGGUUGUAAGAAGAUUAUGGUUCUAUAUGCAAGUCCAAUAAGGGGUGGGAAACCGGAGAAAACUAAUUGGGUGAUGCACCAAUAUCAUCUGGGUAUAGCGGAAGAUGAAAGUAACAGAGAAUAUGUUAUCUCCAAAGUCUUUUAUCAACAGCAGCAGCAGCAUAUCAAGGAGAGUGAGAAGAAUGAAGAAGUUGGCGAAGGUGUUGAUGCCAUGAUGGCUAAGGUUGAUCCCAUCACUCCCAUGUCUGUGACUCCUGAACCCCAUAUCUCCGAAGUAUUUUAUCAACAGCAGCCAGUCAAGGAGAGUGAGAAGAAUGAAGAAGUUCCCCAAGGUGUUGAUACCAUGAUUGCUAACGUUGAUCCUGUCGCUCCCAUGCCUGUGAGUCCCAAAACUCAUCAUAUUGAAAGGAGAUUCUACUAUUGUGAGACUGCCUUUAAAUCUGUUGGUCCUAGUGAUCAGCAUCAUGACUUGGGGUAUAUGGAAGGUGAAGUGGAAGUUCCAUUUGAGCAAUCCAAUGAUGAAGAUUAUAACAAUUCUGAAAAUCACACUGGUGAAGUGGAAGAUAAAAAUGAUGAUGAGGCGGCUGAUGGCUCAAAAUGCUGGGAGAGCGAGUCGCAAUAUUUGCUAGAUUCCCAGCAACUUGUUGAAGGGUUAUCAUUGUGUGAUGAGUUUCUACAAAGCCAAUCUCCAAAUCGAGACGUCCAAGAAAAAAAUCAAGAACUAAACUGCAAACCUCGUCUUUCUGAUUAUGCUCGCUUGGGACCAGAGGAUUUUAAGAAGGAUUUAGCGGAGUGCCAAGAUUUGGUUCUCGAUCCAGCAAAUAUAGAGCUUGAUACACCUCCAGAUUUCCGAUUGAGCCAGCUCGAGUUUGGGUCACAGGAAAGUUAUAUAGCUUGGCGCGGGAGCAUAACAGGGAGCAGGUAAUUAACCAAACACAUCAUUGCAAAGGACUGCCAGUGGGGAGGAGUGAAGACUUGAUUGUGUGCAAUAACUUCAUAUGGUAUGAGUGAUACUAUAAUUGUAAUAUUGCUAAUUCCUGAGCUAGACAAAGUACAUUUUCUUUUGGCUCUGCUAUUAUGCGAAUGAUUUGCCUCUGCCUUUGUUUACAUGAUUCUCCAAAGGGUUGAACAAAAUUCUCUGAAUCCGGUUCAGUGUGAAAGAAUUCAAUUUUUCAAUUCAAGAACCACUCCACUGUCUC